GGCUGAAACAAUUUCUUCAUAUUACUUAAGAGUGUAAAGUGCUUUGUCAAGUGUAAAGAUAUUGAGACUAGUCCAGAUUGAUUUUGGAGUUAGUUGGUGCCCUUAAAGCUGUCAAGAUGAGCUGCUUUACAUUCCUGAAGGUCAUGAUGAUUUUGUUUAACCUGCUCAUAUUUCUUGGCGGAGCAACGCUGCUGGGCAUCGGCAUCUGGGUUACUGUUGACAGUAAAUCCUUCCUCAAUAUAUUUGGUGCAAUAUCUGUCACUGUCCUCCAAUUUGUGCAUGUUGGGUACCUUCUCAUUGCCAUUGGAGCCGUUCUGUUCCUGCUGGGUUUCCUAGGAUGCUGUGGCGCUCAGAAAGAGAGCAAGUGCCUUCUGAUCAUGUUCUUCACCAUUAUCCUGAUCAUCUUCAUAAUUGAAAUUGCUGGUGCGGUGGUAGCUUUGGUUUACACAUCACUCGCACAGACUAUAUUGCAAUCAACAGUGGCAAAAAUACUAAAAGAUGACUAUGGGAAACCUAACCCACUUACUGAAGCAUGGAACGUUACAAUGACUAAUCUGAAGUGCUGCGGUUUAUCAAAUUACACAGACUUUAACAACUCCUAUUUCUACAAGGAAUCAAAGAACUUUUAUCCAGGGCAAUGCUGCAACUCUUCCAUCUCGUCUCUCUCUGACACUUUUUGCAAUACAGCUAUGGCUGAAAGAUUUAAUGUGACGAUUGGAGCGAUGGCAGUGGCAAUGUACCUUUAUUGCAAAAUGGAUGAAAAAUGACUGGGAUAGGCAAAGGAAAGGAUUACCUUCCCACAAGCCAAGCCUAUGACACAACACUUUCUUAACCCAUAUCUACAGCAAUUAAACAUUUCAUGGGCCUGAAGCCUGAAUGUAUAAUUAACCUAUUGACUCUACCCAGAUGGAAUCUUUAGCAUGUACAUAAAUGAAAUUGUGAAAAGCAAUAUGAUAAGAAAACUCUAUUAACAGAAAGGCCCUUUGUAUUGAAAGGCAGAAAUUGAGAGUGGGGGGGGAGGAAACACAAGUAAACCUGGAAAUGUUUGUGCCUUCAAAAAUGGCCUUUUCUAAUAUAUGUAGUGUGAAAAUUUCUGCUAGCUUUGACAUUGGUCACCCUGGGUUGUAGAAAAUCUCUAAGAAUAAAUGAUCCAGAAUGGAACAAUUUGUUUGAAAAGUUUGGGGUUGAUUAAUUGAAAUACCUGUGUAUUUCCAAUGGUGAAUCAACAUUGUUUUUGUUCUUGACGUAAAAUAAUAGAUGAGCACUUGUGGUCUCCUGUUGGAGCAAAACAUGGCUGUAAAAAUUGAUAGGAAAGAAAAUGACUUUCUUGGAGGCCUUUUAGCCCUUUUGCCUUUCUGUCCCCACAGAAUUGGUUAUAUGCCACUUGCUAAGGACUGAAAGGGUGUCUGAUUGAGCUGGCUGUGUAUGAAAGGAAUUCCCUUUGUAACUAAUGUGAUUGUACAUGAUGUAGUUCUCUAUUUUUUAUUCUGUGUGAAUAUACUUUAAUUUAUAAUAAUGUAACUAAGGAAUCAUAUUAUUUGUGCCUGGAUUGGACUAUUGUAAUAAAAUCUACUUUUGAAUUACAA